UUACGUCAUUCMAAUUUCGUUACGUAAGCUUCUUUCUCGUGUCAUUCGCCGGAAACGGAGGUAACAGGUUGGUGCUUCGAAGACAAAAGGCAAGUUUACACCGAAAAUAUCAUCUCUGUUUACAUCUGUUUGAAAGACUUGAUGGCUCACCCACCGAGCCCUUUUGUUUUCUGUGAAGACAUGAAGUCUGCUAGACGAGCAGUCAGCAAAAGGAUGAGAAAAUUGUGGUUUUGCCCAAGGAAAUUGAAUGGUCAAUCCUGUAUAAAUAAAAAAUGCCGAAAAAUUAUGUAAAGAAGUGCUUUGGUACGACUUAAGCCGUUAAAAGAUUAAGCUCUUCUUUAUAAACAAACCCGGGUSGAAAUUAACUCAAGAAUUUGGUAGAAUCAAGGAAGAAUAGCAAACAGCUCAGGAACGCUACUUCAACUCAAGCGGAACAAUAGUGACAACUUGUCAAAGUUAAGUGUCAUAUUUCUCUGAUGAUCUGUUGACUCUGUUUAUCCCUAGGGGCUGCCUCGUGUAGUGAACUUGCUGUUCAUUGCUUGUGCUUGUAACUACAUCAUGGGACUUCGAGAUUUAGAUUAAGAGGAUUUGAAAAGAUGACGACAAGAAAUAAAACACAAAGGAGCUUUUACUGCCGAGAAUGGGUCUACGAGAAGGUUGAGACUUGCCUCGAAAGACGAAAACAGCAGGACGACACGAAGACUAAAGGAGCGUUUAUAGUUGGAGGCCCUGGAACAGGGAAAACCACUAUUUUAAAGGAACUCAUUUCUCCUACCGUUCAAGACGGCCCACAAAAAAAUUUAUCAAAGAAAGUCAUUGCCCACCAUUUUUGCGAAGCCCACAAGUACAGCUCUGUGUCGGUCUCAGAAUUCAUUCGAAGCUUUGCCGAACAACUGUCGAAAGCUCAGCCGUUGGAUUCCUACAGAGACAAGUUCAAUGACCCGAAAAUACAAGAAGCUUUGAGGUUGGACUUUUGUGUUAAAAGUCCCGAUAUUGCCUUCAGAGAGGGAAUUUUGCUGCCGUUGAACUCUAUUACACCUCCAGACGAGGUAUAUGUUGUCCUUGUCGACUCCAUCGACGAAUCAUAUCUACAUUCUUUUGAUUCCGGCGUUUAUUCUGGAAGUCGGACUAUCGCUGAGCUAGUGGCCACACAUCAUGAUUUGCUACCUUCGUGGUUGUUUCUCGUUGUAAGUGCAAGAAAGCAGUCUAAGACCGUUAUUAAGAUGUUCACUGGCUUUCGUAAACUCUCYCUUGAUGAUCUACGCAAAGCUCAUGUCGUGAGAGACAUUCAAGGUUAUAUUCUCAAUCGACUCGAUGACGAUAAAAAGCUCCGUAAGUACCUUACUAAAGAGACGGCCGAGAAAUUUAAUCAACUCCACAUAAAAAGCAACGGAUGCUUUUUGUACUUGGAGAAAGUACUCGAAGGAGUUGAAGAUGAGCUAUUUUCAAUCGAUGAAAUUGUUGACAUCCCCGGGACUUUGAAUGGGUUGUAUCUAUGGCUGUGYAAUCGACUCUACACGGAUGAGCAAUUCAAUCAAAUCCGACUCGUAUUAAAUGUAAUUUUAGCUUCACAGAAGCCGUUAACUGAAUCAGAACUAUAUCAAGCGAUUUGGACGAGAGAUCGAACACUGACAAUGGAACAAUUCUAUCAAAUCUUGCACUCGWUGAGUUACAUWAUUGUUGAUGUUGAUAAUACGAAAUGCAUAUUUCAUCAUUCGUUUGCGGAAUGGCUAAUCGAUGUUAAGUACUGUACUCCAAAGUACUUGUGUUCUCCUAGCGACGGACACGCGAUGUUGGCGCUYCGAUGUACCUUAUUAGCCAGUAGCAAACAAGAUGUYGACCUGCAUCAGUUUGCAUUCCAUCUAAGUCGUGCACCUUUCAAAGAAAAUAUGAAUCAAGAGCAUUUUGCCCUGUGGCUGUUAUGGAGUGGUGCACCACUGUCCGAGGCUCUUUCUGCUUCAGAGCUUCCUAGGCAGGAAGCUUUGCAGAUACUGUUAGAUGCUGGUGCUGAUGUGGAUUCAGAGCAAGCCGACAUGGCUGUCAACUACGGUAAAGAAACAGAGGAGUCUAUUAAGGUCUUCCUUGAAAAAGAAGUCCAUGUUGACCGSGUUGAUAGCGCUGGUAGAACACAACUUUGCAACGCUGCAUUCAACGGCAAUGCUGAUGUUGUUCGCAUUUUGCUGCAGCAUGGGGCUAAUGUCAAUUUCUCUGACCCUGCUGGUGAGUCAUCAAUCAUGUUAGCAGCCAAGCAAGGUCAUGCCGAAGUGGUGUACUUACUUGUMAACUGUGGAGGGAAUGUCAAUCAAGUUGCUAGUGAUGGGUGUACACCUCUAAGAGCUGCAGCUUCAGGYGGACAUUCUGAUGUUGUUUCCGUCUUGUUAAAGAAUGGYGCUGUUGUUGACCAAGCUGAUGAUGAUAAACGGACUGCAUUGCGUGGUGCAGCUUGGGGAGRUCAUACCGACGUCGUACAGCAGCUUAUUCAACAUGGUGCAGAUCCAAACCUUAAAGACAAAGAUGGCAGAUCUGCAUUGAUUGCGGCUGCAUAUAUGGGACACAAAUCUGURGUUAGGUAUCUGCUAGAGCAAGGAGCUGAUGUUAACAUUGCUGAUAAGGAUGGCAGAACAGCAUUGUCAGUUGCAGUGUUAUGCAUAUCAUCAAGUCCWGAGCACACAGAAGUUGUCAGACUAUUACUUAAUAACAAAGCUGAUGUAGACAGGCCWGAUUUUGAUGGAUUAACUCCWCUAUGUGUGGCUUGUCUUGAAGGYCAUUACAAUGUWGUCAARYUGUUGCUAAACUCUAACGCUGAUAUUAGUCACUGGGAUAGAAAUGGGCGGACGCCAUUAUUUGCUGCMGCAGCAAGUGGUCAAGUUGGUAUUGUCAAGUUGUUGCUGGAGAAAAAUACUAAAGCAAUGCCAGUGCACAUGCCUAAUUGGAGAGCUCCCAAAGACUCUAUGUUUAGACCAGACAACAGUGGCUGGACACCACUCAUGGUGGCUUCAUUUCAAGGUCAUGCCACAGUUGUCAAGGUUCUGCUGGAAGCAGGUGUUGAUGCAAACUACAGGGAUAGUGACAGUAAAACAGCUUUAAUUAUAGCCGCACAAGAGGGGCAUGCCAAAGUAGUCAGUGUGCUGUUAGACUUUAAAGUCCCUGUCAGUCAAACYACUAAAAAUGGGCGCACAGCUCUGUACUAUGCUGCGAUGGAGGACCAUUUUGACUGUGUUGAUACGUUGAUCAAAUAUGGAGCAGAUAUAAAUGGGGUAGAUGAUGUUGGAAGAACAGCUUUAUUUUCAGUGACACUUGAAGGCAACGAAGAGAUGGUCAGCUAUUUAUUAAAGCAURGAGCAACAGUUGAUAGUCUAGAUGAUGAUGGAAGGACACCACUUCAAGGUGCAGCAUGGCAGGGCAACUACAACCUUGUUGAGCUUCUCCUGAAGUUUAAAGCUGAUGUGAAUCUUCCUGACAGUUGUGGGCGUACAGCUUUAAUGUCUGCUGCAUGGCAAGGCCAAAACUCUGUUAUACAACUUUUGAUUGAUGAUGGUGCUGAAGUUGACAAGGUUUCCUUUGAAGGUGCAACUGCUUUAAGUAUUGCUUGCCAAGAAGGGCAUGAUGAAGUUGCCCAGAUCUUGUUGGAAAAUGGAGCUAACAUGAACCAUACGGACRCAUUUGGACGAACACCAAUGCAAGUGGCAUCAGAAGCUGGUCACACAAAGAUCAUGAAAGCUCUUGAAGCAUACAGCGUCUUGAGAAUGAAUGACACCAAUUUUACCAGUGCUCUAAAGGAAAARGUUUCUUCUCCAACUACAGAMGACAAAWCRMCAGAAUGUCCAAAAAUUUGCACCAGAAAGGAAAGCAUAUCUUCUUCAGGUAGCUCAACACAGGGAUCAAGACCUGAUAUAAGCUCKCCAAGUGGACUUGAUGAAGCAGCAGCAACAAUCCCAACUCCAUCUUUCUCUGGUGCAAGACGUUACUCCUCCAGCUUCUUAGAAGUACACAAGAUCCACAAAGAACCCUGGGAUGCCAAGUGUCCUCCAUAUACAUCUCAAGAAACAGUACACAGAGAACCUCCACCUUACACAGAGCAGCCAGUACACUCUGGGCAAAAAGUGAAUGAUGACAUCAGUCCUAUUAGGCCUGAUUCACCGAAAGCUCGUCGCAAGCCUUUUUCUAUGCUCCAUAAAGUUAAGAUUAAGAGUCCUUUCACGUUAGGUAGCCGGUCGAACAGGAGUCCACAUGAGCGACGUAAGCUCUUUUCGUCCAGGAAGUCCAGCAGUGCUGGAAGUAGUGGUAGUACCCCUGAAAGUGCAAAGACAGAAGGGACAUCUCAACAGCAACAUGAAUUCUCUAACUUAGACUUUAGGCUAUCUGAUAGUCACAAUUCAAUUGAAACUGCUGUAUAAUUUAACCGAAAUAAUAACUAUACUGAUAAACCUAAUCUUGAAGUGAAACAGUAUUAUUGUUUGCAUCAAUAGGUAAUAAGUAUUUGCUAAACAGUUAGAUGAAAAUAUUAUAUCCAUUGUACAAAUGGAAGUGCUUUAUAUUAUAAAUAUAUAUUUCAAUAAACAUUGUUCAUCAACA